GUUUGGUUUUGUGGGAAAGAUGUUGCUCAAUUACUUGGAUAUAAAGACACUAAUCAAGCAAUUAGAAAACAUGUUGAUUAUGAAGACCAAAAAAGCUGGCCAGUCGAAACGACGGGUCAGGUCAGAUGGUGUACUUUUUAAAAUGAAUCCGGUUUCUAGUCACUUGUUUUAUCUUCAAAAUUAGAAACCGCUAAAAAGUUUAAACAUUGGAUUACCUCAGAAGUUCCUCCUUCAAUUCGCAAAUAUGGAUAUUACAAAAUGUUUGACAACCCAAAUAACAAAAUGUUUAAAAUAGAAAAUGAGAAGGACCUCCACUGUAAAGUUGUUGAACUAAUUAGGAAUUUUUACCCAAAUGCUAUUAUGGUUCCAGGACUUGGGGAAAACCAAGAUACACCAGACAAAAGAAUUAACAGUUGGAAAAAAGGCUAUAUGCGAGGUCAACCAGAUUUAAUGAUUCUUGAUUAUCACAAAUAUUAUAAAGGUCUCUGUAUAGAAUUUAAAUCUCCAACU